UUCCCUCUUCUACCGGAAGUGAGGCCCGGGGCCUCCGGCUUUGUAGCGGCCUUCCCACACCUUCGAAUUGUACCUCCACUGGGCUAGAGGGGCCGGGGAGCGCAUCCCGCCCCCGCCCCCACCCACGCCGCCCCCUCCGCCGCCGCCGCCGCUGCUGCUGCCGCUUCUCACACACUAGAAAUCCCUGGCCUCGCUCGCGGAGGCAGGGGCGCUGUGGGUACGCGGGCACGGCCUCCGGCCUGUUCCAGUCCGCGAGCCUGCCGGCUCGGGCCUCGCCGACGCGCGCCAAUUUCCGCAUCCGGCUCCUGGAGCUUCCGGUCUUAGCGGGGCCCAUCUGGGAGGGUAUACUACAAACCUCCAGAUGUUGGCCUAUGGGAUUCAGCAGAGGAUGAGUUGUCCAUCCUCUCGUUGGUAAGCUGUUUUUCCCAACUGUUCUCUCACCGUCCACCGUCAUCAUGUCUACCUUACUCCUCAAUCUGGAUUUUGGCGAACCUCCCCCCAGAAAGGCAUUAGAAGGGAAUGCCAAGCACCAAAAAUUUGUCAAGAAGCGGCGACUCUUGGAACGGAAAGGCUUUCUGAAUAAGAAGCAGCAGCCCCCUAGCAAGGUCCCUAAGUUCCACUCAGAACCUUCAAAGAAAGGGGACACUCCCAAGGUGGAUGGCACUUGGAAGUCCCCUCCCCUUCCAAGAAAGAAGACUGCUGCUUCCAGCAGUGGGUCAGAGCAGUCCCUGGACAAGAAAGCUGCAGUGCCUUGGCUGACCCCUGCUCCUUCACAGAAAGCUGGUUCUGUUGUGGCUAAAGUAGAUUUGCUGGGGGAGUUCCAGAGUGCCCUACCAAAGAUUAAGAGCCUCCCAAUCCGCCCCCAGAAGAAGGGCUCCCAGAAGAACCCUCCUCAGAAGACUGCCCCACAGAUCUCCACCCAGGCUCAUUCAGAGAAUACAUACCCUGGAGCGUCCCAGAAGAUGCCAACGAAGAUGGUGGCAAUUGACUGUGAGAUGGUGGGCACAGGACCCAAGGGGCAUGUCAGUUCCUUGGCUCGAUGUAGCAUUGUCAACUACAGCGGAGAUGUGCUUUAUGAUGAGUACAUCCUUCCCCCCUGCCACAUUGUGGACUACCGGACCAGAUGGAGUGGUAUCCGGAAGCAGCACAUGGUGAAUGCUACACCCUUCAAGAUUGCUCGGAGCCAGAUCUUGAAGAUUCUCACAGGGAAGAUAGUGGUGGGGCAUGCCAUCCACAACGACUUCAAAGCCCUUCAGUAUUUUCACCCUAAGUUCCUCACCCGAGACACCUCCCAUAUCCCCCUCCUCAACCGUAAGGCCAACUGCCCAGAGAAUGCAACCAUGUCUCUGAAGCAUCUCACCAAGAAGCUGCUGAGCCGGGACAUCCAGGUUGGGAAAAGUGGACAUUCCUCUGUGGAAGAUGCUCAGGCCACCAUGGAGCUGUACAAGUUGGUUGAAGUUGAGUGGGAACAGCACCUGGCCCAGAAUCCCCCAAAAGACUAGUGCCAGUGGGGACACUGGUGAUGUGGGGAGGCAGAGGCAGCCCCACACCCAGGAGAACAGGGUGUGUGGACCAGUGGACAGCUCUACCAGCUCUACACCUUUGGAAACUAGAGUUGUUGGGGAGAGUGAGACUCCACCCCAGACUUAAUAUCCAUUAAAAUUUCACCUCAGGUGUUGUUAAGUGUUCCAUGGAAGGAGGAAGGCGCCAUGUCAGAACCCAGUCCUAUAGGCUGUUUACCUCUUAAAUGGUGCUAACCAUGGGUGCCAGGGUGCUUUGCUCCUGGGAAAGCCUUUUGACUUUUAAGGGGCAGGGCAUACUGGGAAGUGUGGUUUCCCAAACUGCCUUAUCACUAGGGUGACCAUAUGUCUCAUUUUAUGCCUUUUGUUCUCAAGUAAUUAGCAGCACCGUGUUGAACUUUCCAAAGGUAUCCUGCUGGGUGAUAACUUGUAUGAUCACAGUUCAUCUCUCAGACUUUUUUUGGCUCAGAGUCUACAUCCAGUCUGUCGGGAUAUCACCUGUUCUUUCCACUGUGACUUCCAGAGGAGCCAUCCCUGGUGAGGUUUAGUUCUUAGGGUUACAAGGCAGUAGAGGUAAGAGAGUGUGACUUGAAAAAAAUGUUCUGAUUUAGGAAAGCAGCCUCUUUCCUAAAGUGAUAGAGGAUUUAUUUAAGUUAGACCCCACUUGGUAGGUUAAAGAAGAAUUCAAAAUGCUUUAAUGGUUUAGUCUUUUACUUUGCUAAACCAAGCCUCUUAAAACUAAAACUCCAAUUAUUCCCUUGAUAAAUUUUUAUAAAGGAAAAACAAUUGUGUGAUGUUUUCUUUAUGACUUCACGUUAAAUAGCUUUGUCACAGGAUCCUGUAGAGCUGUAGUUCUGAUAGGGGGUCCAGGGUCUGUGUGAAUGACACUAACUGGGACCUGGUUUGCUGGAAGUCAUCAAGAAGCACUGAUCAAGCCUUUGUGUGUAGCCCACGUGCUCUGCUGCCUUGUCCUCGUCCCUACCACAAAUCAACGAGCACACCUAAAGUGACACCCUAAGCCAUGCGAACACCCUCACACAGAGGGUAUGUGACCAGGAGAGUGACUCAGAGAGUGGACGUGCGGGAGGGAUGGAGCCGGGGAGGAAGGGUGCUUCAUGACGCCAGCCUGGUCGCUCCUGCCAGCUCUUCCCCGGUGGUAUACACCCUCAUGUUGGGAAGAUGAAUCACAGGUCUGACCUUGUGUCUGGGAUCACUGCACUCUGGCUUGAGAGAACGCAGACUCCAUGUAUACACCAAGGCUUGUGCCCUCUUGAGUUGCUAGUUUGGCUCCAGGGGCCAGAGUCACAGUCAUGGCUGCCUAUAGAAGGGAAUUUCCUGCAGCCAAACGACCCCAGACGUGGUCUUGCUGUUGUGUCCUGCACUACAGGAUCUGCUUGCACAGGCAGCUGUUGAGCUCUGAGCAGGUUGGUUCCUGUCGAACCCAACAUAUGUAGUGUCCAUGACACUUCACAAAGAGGUGCUAGGCAUCCUUACACACCUCUAAGUGGGAGUAAUCUAGGAAGGCUACACCAAAAACUGGGGAUACAAGUCUUAAUUGAAAUGAAGGUGAGUCUUAAUUACAUCGUGAUCAGUAAACUAGAAUAUAUGUGGAAAAUUCUUUUGAGUUCAAGUUUUAGGGUACCCAGCUUUGUAAUUUAUUCCACUGAAGUAUAGUUGAUUUACAAUGUUGUGUUAAUUUCUGAUGUACAGCAAAGUGAUUCAGUUAUACACGUAUAUAUGCAUUCUUUUUCAUAUUCUUUUCCAUUGUGAUUUAUCGCAGGAUAUUGAAUAUAGUUCCCUGUGCUAUACAGUAGGACCUUGUUGUUUAUCCAUACUAUAUAUAACAGUUUGCAUUUGCUAAUCCAAACUCCCAAUCCAUCCCUUCCCCACCCCGCUUCCCCUUGGCAACCACAAGUCUGUUCUCUAUUCUGAGUCUGUUUCUGUUUCAUAGAUAAGUUCAUUUGUGUCAUAGUUUAGAUUCCACAUGUAAGUGAUAGCGUAUGGUAUUCGUCUUUCUCUUUCUGGCUUAUUUCACUUAGUGUGAUAAUCUCUAGGUCCAUCCAUGUGAGUAGCAACUGGCUUUUAUGCUCCACUUCACCCCCUACUCAGGUGCCCUCAGUCCAGCAUUGGGAAGAGCUCAGCCUCACUUUAGCUCACCAGGAAGAACCUGGAGACCAGAGGACCUUGCAGACAUUUUGUUACUCUUUUCUCUUAUCACACUUCCUGGUCAGAGCCCAGCUUACCCUGCAAGGUGCCUGGGGAUCC